AUGUCCUCCUUCCUUUACCUUCAACAAUUACAAAAGUUCUUCUCAACCUUUGGCUUCCAUAUUAGGUUCUCAAAGUUGUUGAGUUGGCUUGAUCAGCCACAGAACAACACAUCAAAGACACCAUCAGGAUGUACAUUCCACACAGAGUUGGCCAAGUAUAUACUUGCACUCAUUGCACUAAAGACUAAGGUCACUGGUCUCUACUCUGAAUCACUGGUCGACAGCGUCUCUCAGGUGUUGAUCGCCCACCCAUUCACGGGCAACAUCGAUAAUUGCGACCACCUGAUCGCAGAGUUUGCAGCGAUUGACGCCAUCGGCACCGUCAACUACAAUGGUCUGUUCGCAUGUAUGAAGAAGGCCUUGCGCCUGGCUGGCGAUAUGAUGGCCUCCCUGCGCACAGCCUAUGGCGACGUGGCCUACAGCGAUCAAGUGACCGCAGACCUCAACUCGCUGGUGUUUGUCGAGUCGCCACGCAGCAAGCAACCCCAGACACUGAGCAACCUCAACCUGACAGCCGGUCUUGAGAUGGACCUGAUAACCGCUCAUCUGCGGCCACUCAUUGACUACCUGCGCGACUGUAAACGCGCCACAGGCAGCUCACCAUUUGAGCCCUGCUACAGCGAGACGACUGUGCGACCAAAAGAAGAGGGUAGCUACUUGUACGAGAGUAGUGUGGGACCGAUCCAGGUGGGCGUGCCGCCCGAGACCAUCAAGACGUCGAUGAAGCAGCAAGUCGCUGUGCCCCAGGUGUACGUGCUGCCGCACUUGCUCAGCUCCAAUGGUGUGUCGUACUCUGAGGUCGAGUUCCCCGUCUUCUUCAACUUCUUCAUCAAGAAGGCAGCGUCCAACCCCAUGCGUCGCGUUGUAAUGGUUGCCUACGAGGAGCAACUGGCGCGUGUGCGUGCUAUCUUCAAGGAGUCAAUGUUUGGACCCGACCCCGACCAGCUCUACAUCAACGAGGAAAUAUCUGAGCGACGAAGACUUCAAGGCUAUCGCGUGGACUUCCCAGCCGAGCGAGCGACGCUCGCCUACACCAAGUAUGGCCAGGAGGCACCUAUUGAAGACUUUGUCAUCUUCAAGCCGUACAACAACGGCGCACGACAUCAGGUGGUCAUCGAGCUGCCCAGCGUGGCCGACCCCGACAAGAUGGCGAGUGUCACGAUAGAGAACCGCAAUGGACUAAUCUGUUUCUUUGAGGAGGGAACUCUUCGUGGAAUCGUCGACUCGACCCUCGCUCCAUCCGCACCGCCUCGUCUUGGCCAUGCCAACUCACCCGUCGUCCCUCCUCCAAUCUCUCUCACACACCCUGCAAACAAGAUACAGACGAUGGCUAGCGCGUCAAACACGAGUCUGGCGACAUUCGUCCCGCCAUCAUUCGGCAUCACAUUCUUGGGCACAAGUCAUGGCUUCGACCCACAUGGCCAGACAACUGGAUUCAUCCUAUGGGUCAAUGGCAAUGGCAUCUUGGUCGACCCACCCACUGGCACAGCAGACUACCUUCGUCGCCAUGGCUUGGCAGGCCAGUUUGUCGAGCACGUGAUCCUUACUCAUUGCCACUCGGAUCACGACAGCGGACUGCUUGAGAAGCUGGUGCAGGGCAUCAAGAUGACCUUGUACACGACCAAAACAAUCCACGAGAGCUAUAUGCGCAAGGCUCGCGCACUCACGGGCAUCGAACGUAUCAGUGACUACUACAAUUGGGUGCCCGUGCCCAUUGGCGAGGUGAUCCGUAUCCAGGGCGCCGACUUUGAAUUCGACUACAGCUACCACACAAUCCCGACCAUACGAUUCAAGGUGCGUCUACACAGUCGCACGAUCGCCUACUCAGCCGACACGCAGUAUUGUCCCGAGUCGCUGAGCAAGCUGGCUGCGCAGGGUGUCAUCAACAGUCUGCGCGAGUCCAGUCUCCGCCUGUUUGUGUUUGACGCUGAUAUAAUCAUACAUGAGUGCGGUGUACCUCCCAUCCACACAACGGCCGAGGCGCUCAACAAUCUACCGGAAUCAACCAAACGCAAGUUGUUAGUCGUUCACACAUCCAAGCUGCCAGAGUCCAUUACUCGCGCUGAUGGCACAGUUGUGCCACUAGUCGGUCUGCGCAUCCCUGAGGUGGGCCUGCAACACACGAUGACCGUGCCCAUCGGUGACUACAACGAGGGCUACAGCAAGGCUGUGCGCCGCUUCCAGAUGCUGUGCAACUCAUUCUUCUUCCGCAACAUUCCGCCUGCAAUGAUUCACCGAGUGUUUUACGCGAUGGAGGAGCUCAAGGUGGCGGCUGGCGCCACCAUCAUCCGCGUGGGUGAGGAGUGCAACAGAUGCUACAUCGUCGAGAGUGGCACUGCCGAUGCAUUGCAACCCGGCACAGAGGCUGCCAACAGCGUGGCCACGCCAGGAACUGGCGAUCAACUCGUUGGCAGCUUCUACACUGGCGACACUUUUGGCGAGAAUGCGCUGUGGGGUGGCCACCGCCAGGAACAACAAAUACGCGCCAAACGUAGCGCCACGAUCAUUGCCCGCACGGACAUGACAUUGUUGUCCAUCACCUACGAGGACUUUUUGAGGAUUCAUCAAGGCGAUGUGGCACGCCUGCUAUCGCUGGACCUGGAGCGCAUCGGCUUGUAUUCGCCCUUCCUCACUGCCGUCUUCUCCAAAACAUUCCCAUUCUCCCAACUCAACCUGACCAAGGAACAGAUCGACUACUUUGCCGCCGCCAUCGACUCGGAGGUUGUGUUUGAGGAUGGCGCCAGCAUCAUCCGCGAGGACGAUAGUGGUGCGACCAACGACACGAUGUUCAUCAUCAAGGAGGGCGCAGUCACGCUGUCCAAAGCUGGCAAGGACUUCAAGACCCUGUCGACAGGGGAGUGCUUUGGUGAGAUCUCGCUGAUACUCAGUCUGCCACGCACAUGCUCCGCGCGCGCUUCGUCCGAAGAGUGUCCCACGCGCUUGUUGAUCCUGCGUCGCGAGGGAUUCCAUCGCAUCCUGGAACGAUUCCAAAACAUUCGCUACAACUUGAUGAACUUGGUCGAGCAGAGGUUGUCUGAGCGAUACAUUUGA